UUUCUUUGCCGGGCUGGCAGGCAGCGCCAGACCCGCCCUGGCGCAAGCAUUCGACCUAGGGGCGAUUCUUGUGUCACUUCUUGAAGCCGGCCCGCCCAUCAAGCGGUUGCGGCCGGCCGGGGCGUUGUGUGUGUGUCGAGCAAAUGGGCCCGUGCCGCCCGCUCGAGUAAAUCAAUUAGUCAGCAGAUAGCCCGGCUUUGAAGGCGUGACCCAGCGGGGCCCCUCCCUCGUCUGUUCCUUUGCAUUAAUUCUUGUGAGCAGAAGUACUUCAGUUUAGUCUGGCAAUAGAUGACUGUCGUGUAUCGAUCUGCUUCUUUUGGUUUGCGCACAGGCGACGAAGUUCUGUUGCCAGUAAGUAUCAUGCUGUCGCUCAAGAACGACAUGAAAAGCAUCUUCUUCACAAACUUGCAGUGGACACAACCAUCGAUAAAAAGGCUAGGUAAGAAGACCCGCCCUUCUAAGAUCAAAUGUGGUGAACAAAAUGCCAACUACAUCUUUCACAUGUAGUGAACAAAAUGCCCCGACAUCACUUUCCCGGCAAUGUGAAGCUCGCGGCGGUCUUAGAGGUGCAGACUCUGCGCCCGCUAUCAAUCACCGGCAGCACGGCCGGACUGUGCUUCGAAUCCGCGCGCGCGCAUUUCUUGCGUUGCAGAUUUUCCAACUUCAAUUGCACGACCGCGUUGCGUCAUCAUCGGCCUUUCCUGUUUCUUCAACUACGUCUUCUGCUACAUCAACAGAAGAAAGGAGUGGAGGGCUAGGCCUUCGCGCUUCUAGACGACCAGCAGGAAGAACAGCAAGCGCCAACGUUUUACCGCACCUGGAGUUCACGCUCGACCUUUCAAAAUCGCUAGGCGAGUCGACCUCAAAUUUUGUCUGCGCGACCCUCGAUUGGUGGCCGAGAGAGCAGAAUGACGACGGCCGCUUUCCUUGGCAGUUUAACACAACGAUUCCCUGGCUGGACGCGAAAAAACUUGUUCCCUUUGUGCGGGGAAUGCAGCACGAGCGUCCUGCCCCUGCAGGUGGACAAGCGCCUCGCCCUCGCGAGCCAAGGGCACCAGAUGGGAGAGACGCCCGUGCGGAGAACGGAAGUCGUGGGGCAUCAAAUGCAGGAAGCUACGUUCCUAGUACUACAGUUGAGCCCCCCAGUCGCGAGCGAGAGCUUUCUUCAACAAUAAAUCACCCUCCUGUCAUAUGGAAGCGUCAGGUUUGAAAUCGCCAAAGUUGAAAUAAUUUGUGAUGCAUAAACUGCAUAGCGCGAAAUACGUGUGUUGCAGAGCAGGCAAGGGAGGCCGAUUGUAAGCCUGUUCGGGGUUAGAGCUCGAGCUGCUAAAGUAGCAUGAGAAAAUCAGUCCUCUUUGCCUAAACAGCAUCACAAACUGGAUUUAAGCAUCGCCAAAAUUUGUCAUGCGCUACUUGGAAACUGGGUUCCAACUGGCAUCCAUUUCAUGCAUCACAAACUAUUUCAACUUUCACGAUUUCAAUCCUGACACUUCCAUAUGUCAUCCUUCGUGUUGGCGGUUCCUGCGGCGAUUUGAUCAUCUACGAGGAGCGGCUGGACGAGGAUGAAAAAGCGGUGCAGAGCUGGAACCAUUUUCGGGAGACACACGGUACCUACCUCCCGAAAUCUUCCUUCGAGCCCCACCCGAAACCGGAGCCCUGCCCCGACUUCGAGCCCAACCCAGACAACCCGCCUCUGUAUUACACGAACGGCUGUUUGAAACGGGAGAAAUUGAAGAAUUUGCUGGAAUUCUGCGAACAGGCGAACUGCAAGAUCAUCUUCGGUUUGAACGGGUUGUUCGGGGAAAAACUGGUCCCUCUUCCGAACAAAAAUCCGAAAAUCCCCGACUACAAGUAUUUCGGCCGGUGGAACCCGCGCAACGCGUUUUAUCUGCUGUGGUUCGUGAAGUUUGUGCUGCGGAAAUCGCACGUGAUCCUCGGAUUUGAGUUGGGGAAUGAGCUAGGCGGGAUUCCGGGCGUGCCGGUGAAAUUCUCGGUGGAGCAUUACGCAGCGGCGUAUAGGAUUUUGGAGAAGCUGGUGAGCUGGUUUAAUGAUAACGACGAAACGGCUUUGGACUGGUCGGGCUCCUCCUCGUCGAAAGCGGCGAGUAAACUCCUGGACGGCCGCGGUGACAGAGCACUCUCCAGCACUUCGUGGAAGGUCAGUGACGAACAGCCACCGAGGCAGGAGGAUUAUGAUGUCGCAGAAAAUAUUAAACCUCGACCCCACGACGGUGCUUCUUCUUCAACAGCGAAGAACACGUCGUCGAAGAACACGCCAGCAGUAAAAACAACAAAGACAGCCUGGCAGCUCUUCGGCGUCGCGAGUUGGUUCGACUACGAGUGGCUUCGGCGGUUCCAGGAAUUGCUGAAAUUUCCACACUUCACCUUCACCACCCACCUCUACAGCCUCGGGUCUGGGCCGGGGCAAACGAGGAAGGCGUUGAUCGAGGGAAAAAUCCUGAACGCGACCUACCUGGACGAAAUGCACACUGUCGCGAGAAGCAACAAACAACUUCUCCACCACUUCCGAGAAGACUACGGGCCGACGAAGGACAAAAAUUUGAAGAUCAUGCUGGGCGAGUCCGGGGGCGCGUUUGGGUCCGGGGCAACAAACAUCACCGACGGUUUCUACUCGGGGUUCUGGUUCCUGGACCAACUCGCGAUCUUCGCCAUCCACGGGGAAAACGUGCAUUACUGCCGGCAGACGCUGGUCGGCGCCUUUUACGAAUUGGUGAGCGGGGAGUUCUAUCAAAUGUAAAAGUGUCUGGGUCUGGAGAAAAGCAGCGCUUGUCAUGAAUAUUUAGCAUGACCCCUGAUGUCUCUGAUGCAUGCCCUAGCAUCACAGAUUUGUUGAGGGCUUUGCGAUGCCUGUACUGCAUGAGAAAUGCCCUCUCCGCGUAACAGAGAAUGGACCUCUUUUGCUGGUCACGCUAUACAGAUUCUGUGUAGAAUCCAAAGGCAGCAUCACAAGUUGCAACCUUCCAGACCCAGACAUUUUUACAGGUGAUAAGUUCCUGGUCCCAAAUCCGGACUGGUACGUCAGUUCGCUGUGGAACUUAUCAAAUGUAAGAAUGUCUGGGUCUGGAAGAUUCUGAGACUUGCCAUGCAUGUUUUGCAUUGGCCAUGAUGUCUGUGAUGCAUGCCCUAGCAUCACAGAUUUUCUGAGGGCUUCGCGAUACCCAUUCCGCAUGACAAAUGCCCUCUCCGCGUAGCAAAAAUUGCACUCCCUUUGCUGCUCAUCCAAUACAGAUUUUUUUGGAAUCCAGAUUCAGCAUCACAAGUUGGUUCUUCCAGACCCAGACACUUUUACAUUUGAUAGAACUACUUCAUUCGGGAAGGUGGGGAGUUUCUGGAGAUUAAGGAAAGCGCUGGGGUUUACUUGCCGCAAGUUCUUGCAAAUGGAGAAAAAUACGAUCCUCUUCGUUUUGCAGAUGGUGAAAUAAAUGGGUGGAGUUAUAGUGUAGAGGGUUCAACAGCAGGAGCAGGUAGAACAACAAAGGCCACGACUUCAAAGAAUAUCCGGAUGUAUGCGCACCGGCGAGAAGCUGACGCAAGCACUUCCACUGCCGCAGGCAAUCACGUUGCAAGAGAAGGCCAAACACUACGUGGUGACAUGGUCACGGUGAUUUUCCUUAACCUGGGCAACGAGCCGGUGCGGGUUAGCCUUGCAAGCAGCGGCAUGUUCGGGUUACCAGACCCAGGCAGUGCUGACAAGAACUCUUUCUCUCUGGUGAAAACACGGGAGUGGGUUUUUGAGGACGUUGAAUCUACUACCUUUACUGCAGAACAGCAUGAUGAGAAACCGAAACGACCAAAGCCCAAAGUCCUCAUCAACGGGAAGCCGGUUAUUUGGAGGCCGGAGUUUGAGAACGCAAGGAUUUGGAUCGAAGAGUACGGGAAAAAGUUUCCAGCAGCAGUUUCGACUUCCAAUGGAGAUGAUGUAGCGACUGCGAGGACAGUGGCACCGCAGCUAUUGGCAACCGCAUCUUCUUCAGAAGACGCUUCCAUUCUCCCGCCGCGAAGCUACGGCUUUCUGGAAUUCAACCUCGCGACCGCGGAUGGCAUGGAAAAAAGAGCAGGCACCGCCGGGAUGAUGACGCAAAAACCGCCACUGCAGAAAAAUACGCAGCAAGAUGACCAGAAUGAACAAGUGUCGGAUGCUGAUACUUUCUACGCAUAGACACGCCUUCUAGAGCUCCAAGAACCAAAAGUAGAAGCACAACAGAUGAACUUUCGAGCUUAUCAUGUGUGUACUGUUUCAGUUUCUGUUUCGCAUUCGCAGGCGAUUGGCGACCCGUAAACGAGGAUGCUAAAGCUGCCGUAUGUUUCUUGUGUAACCAUAGCGAGGCCCUCGUGGCUUGUUGUCUUCAU